UCAAUUUUUAUUGGUGCCAAUAGACAGCCUCAGUGCUCGGACUAUAGCAGCACUCUCAACAUUGUUGCCUUUGGAUCACAAAACUUAGUCUCGUUAUUCAAUCCUCUUUCCCCUGACAAUGUUGGGGUUUUCAAGACUUUGAAAGGCCAUAAAGAUGAAGUGAUAUGUUUGAAGUUUUUGCUCAAUUCUAAUUUUUUAAUUUCGACCUCUCAAGAUUCAACGAUAAAUAUUUGGGACAAUAAUUACAACGUGAGUUUGUUUCAAACCAUUCAGAAUAUUAACAGCAAUUCUUCAAUUGUCUCAUUAUCUGUGUUGAAUGACAGACUAUUUGUAGUUUCCGAUUCAAUUGGUACUAUCUCACUAAUUUCAUUCAAUGAUGACAAAAUUUUUCAAAUCAUAAAAUCUUUCAAGGUUGAAAAUGAGUUCAACGAGUUUUAUCCUUUAACUUUAUCUUUACAUAACUUGUACAAUAAUGAUUACCUCUUAUUUAUUGGCGGAACAAACAAAUUCAUUUAUAUAUUUUCUUUUCAAUUUCAGGAUAAUCAAAUUUUCAAUCUAUCUCAAAAUUUAAAACUUCCUGGCCACGAAGACUGGAUCAAAUGUUUAUCAUUCAAAAAGAUUCCAAAUUCAAAUACCUAUUUACUAGCUUCUGGUUCUCAAGACCGUUACAUACGAUUAUGGAACUUGAAAUUAACUGGCAAUUCAAUUCAAAAAGAUAAAACUAUACUUGACAAUCAAGAGUCGACUCAAAAACUUUCUUUAUUGACAAAUAAAACUUAUUACUUUAAAACUAGUGAAGAAUCUUUAGCAACUUAUUCUAUCCAUUUUGAAGCUUUGAUUAUCGGCCAUGAUGAUUGGAUAUCCUCUUUAACUUGGAAUCCCAAUCCUAAUAUCUUACAAUUAUUCUCAACUUCUGCUGAUACUUCCUUAAUUCUUUGGGAAUCUGAUGAGGAUUCUGGUGUUUGGUAUUCAAAAGCGAUUCUCGGUGAAUUAAGUAUUAAAGGUGCUUCAACUGCUACUGGUUCAUCUGGUGGCUUUUGGUCUUCUUUAUGGAUUCAAUCAACUGAAAAACAAUUAAUUUUAUCUCAUGGAAAAACUGGGUCGUGGAGGUCUUGGUCAAAUGACUAUAAAAAUGAUUCAAAUUGGAUUCCUCAACUAUCUUUAACCGGUUGUAUAAAACCUAUUACUGAUCUUUCUUGGUCUAAAUUUGAUAAUUAUAUAUUAUCAACUUCUUUAGAUCAAACAACAAGAUUAUUUGCAAAAUGGAAUAAACAUAAUACUUGGCAUGAAUUUGCAAGGCCUCAGAUACAUGGUUAUGAUAUGGUCUGUAUAAAUUCAAUUGAUUCCGAUAGAUUUAUUAGUGCUGGUGAUGAAAAAAUUUUAAGAUCUUUUGUUAAACCAAAUUCAAUUAAAAGACUAUUAAAUUGUUUUUCAAGCAAUUCUAAUUCUAAUUCUAAUUCCAAUUUUAAUCAUACUAAUCAAAUUAACCAAAAUAAUAGAUACGAAAAUGUUUCAUUACCAACUUUAGGUUUAUCAAAUAAAAUUGAAAGUAAUAACGAUAAUAUUGGUUCAAAUGCCUUGGCUAAUCUCACUACACCACCUUUAGAAGAUCAUUUGCAAAGGUUUACUCUAUGGGCAGAAGUAGAAAAAUUAUAUGGACAUGGUUUUGAGAUAUCUUCAUGCGACGUUUCAAAUAAUAAUAAUUUUUUGGUUUCUUCAUGUAAAUCAAAUUCCGUCAAGCAUGCUCAAUUAAGAAUAUUCAGAUAUUUCAAUGAUAGUUGGAGAAAAAUUACAACAGGUCCUGAUUUAAUAUAUCAUAGUUUAACUGUCACAAGUUGCAAAUUUUCUCCAGAUGACUUAUUCAUACUAGCCGUUUCAAGAGAUCGUAAAUUUUCAAUUUGGGAAUUUAAUGUUGAGAACGAAAAUUAUAUCUUAAAAUACAAAAAUGAAAGAGCUCAUACAAGAAUUCUUUGGGAUUGUUGCUGGAUACCAAAUUUAAAAUUUGGCUAUAAAUUCAUAACUGUUUCUAGAGAUAAAUCCUUUAAAUUUUGGAAUUUGGAUAUUGAAAAAGGAUCGUAUUCGUUAAUUUCAACUUCUAAAUUGCCCAAUGGAGGUAUAACCUCAGUUGACAUCUACAAUGAAUUGAUUAAUGAAAAAUUUGCACUCGCAGCCUUUGGGUUAGAUAAUGGCAGUAUUUAUAUUUAUAGUUUUGAUUUGAGCUCAAACGAUUCUAAAAACUUCAAGUUGGUUGAAAAAUUAGAUGAUGGAAUAGCGCCUGAUGAUAAAAUCAGCGCCAUCAGAUGGAAAAUGGUCAAUAAUGAACUUGUGCUAGCAGUGGGAAGUUCUGAUAAUUCCAUUAGAAUAUUCAACUUUGAUAUCAAGGAAGUA